UGAAAAAAAAUUUGAGCCACCAAAUUGAAGUGUACACACAACUAUACCCGUCGUAGAUCCAACUUCCCCUGCGGGUGUUCGUUGAAGUCGCGGCUACCAACGUGGCAUAUAUUCAUUGGUCCACUUCACGAGUUAUGAACUACCCGAACUGUGAGUAUUACAUUCCAUAUUUGAUUAUGGAAGAGCGGAAUCGGAGAAUGUGGACGCAAUAUGCAUUGUUAUUAUUGGCCGGUUGCUUCGUUUCUCAACUCUAUGCUUCUUCGGAUGUGAAAUUUUACGAGUCGUUCGAUGAGACAUUUGAUGGGCGUUGGAUUGUGUCUCAGAAAGAGGAGUUUAAUGGUGUGUGGAAACAUGCCAAGAGUGAGGGACAUGAUGACCAUGGGCUUCUUGUGAGUGAGAAGGCAAAAAAAUAUGCUAUUGUCAAGGAGCUUGACAAUGUUGUCAGCCUCAAUGAUGGAACUAUGGUUCUUCAAUAUGAAGUUCGCCUCCAGGAAGGACUUGAAUGUGGUGGUGCUUAUCUUAAAUACCUCCGCCCCCAGGAGGCAGGGUGGAUUCCCAAGGAAUUCAGCAAUGAAUCUCCCUAUACUAUAAUGUUUGGACCAGAUAGAUGUGGAGCCACAGACAAAAUUCAUUUCAUCUUGAAACAUAAGAAUCCUAAGAGCGGGGAGUACAUUGAACACCACCUUAAGUUUCCACCAUCUGUACCUUCUGACAAACUAACCCAUGUUUACACUGCGGUGUUGAAACCCAACAAUGAGUUGUUAAUCUUAGUUGAUGGGGAACAGAAGAAGAAGGCUGACUUACUCUCAGAUUAUGAUAUGGAGCCACCUCUUAUUCCAGCAGAGACCAUUCCAGACCCAGAUGAUAAGAAGCCUGAGGACUGGGAUGAGAGGGAAAAAAUUCCAGAUCCAGAUGCUACGAAACCAGAUGAUUGGGAUGAGGAUGCACCAAUGGAGAUUGAAGAUGAGGAUGCUGAGAAGCCUGAGGGAUGGUUGGAUGACGAGCCUGAAGAGAUCGAUGAUCCUGAGGCAACAAAGCCUGAAGAUUGGGUUGACGAUGAAGAUGGUGAAUGGGAGGCUCCCAAAAUUGACAACCCAAAAUGUGAAGAAGUCCCUGGGUGUGGGGAGUGGACAAGACCAAUGAAGAGAAAUCCAGCAUACAAUGGAAAAUGGUAUGCUCCACUGAUUGAGAAUCCCAAUUACAAGGGUGUUUGGAAGCCAAGAGAUAUUCCAAAUCCCAACUACUUCAAACUCGACAGGCCCAAUUUCGAGCCUAUUGCAGCAAUUGGCAUUGAAAUCUGGACAAUGCAAGAUGGUAUAUUAUUUGACAAUAUCUUGAUAGCAAGUGAUGAGAAAGUUGCAGAAUCAUACAGGAUGACUGCAUGGAAGCCCAAGUUUGACAUAGAGAAAGAGAAACAAAAGGCCGAGGAAGCAGCAAGCGCUGGUGGGCUGAAAGGAUUUCAGAAAAUGGUACUUGAUCUCCUCUACAAGGUGGCUGACAUUCCCUUCUUGGGCGAACACAGGUCCAAAGUAUUGGAUCUUCUUGAGAAGGCUGAGAAACAGCCCAAUCUCACAGUUGGUGCUGUCAUUUCAAUCAUAAUUAUCAUUUUCACAGUUUUCUUGAAGCUCAUCUUUGGUGGGACACAGCAGCAACCCGUAAAAGCUACUGGAAAGGCUAAGAAAACUGACGGUGCAGAGACAUCAAGUUCAAACAAGGAAGGAUCCACGCAGAAGAAAGAAGACCAGAAUGAGGACGCCGCUGCUCCUCGUAGGAGGACUAGACGUGAAAAUUAGAGAUGCUGAAACAGAGAACUGUUUCUGCUAGAAGGACUUAGAUAUUUGAGUUAGGUGUUAUGCUCUUCUUUUGUUUCCCUUUACUACUGUUUUAUUUUCUCAUCCCUUCUUGCCUUGUGGCCAGCCGAGCAAACAUUUCGCCAAUUUUUGGGAUUUUUCCUCUUUUAACAAGAAAAAUGUAUUGACAAUGUAGAUUUAGACAGAUCCAUAUAGUUUAGGUGUUCUUUCAUAGUUCCUGAACUAAAAGUCUUGAUAAAGUUGCUUAUAUAGCUCCUGGAUGCCUUUAGCUUAUCAA